UGAGCGCGCCCGUUUUGCGGAAGCCCAUAAGGGUGAGCGGGGAGGUGAUGAACCUGAAGCCGCGGCGGUGUUGAGGGAAAGCGGACGCGCUCCCACGCAGCUCUCGGACAUGGACCGCUUCUGCAGCGCGGGUUCCUCUGACUCCUCCGACCCCAUCUGGGACUGGAACCGUACAUGGCGCUCUCAAAACCCAGACGUGACGCAGUGUUUUCAGAACACGAUCCUCAUCUGGAUCCCGUGUUUCUACCUCUGGCUGUUCGCACCCUUUUACUUCCUGUACCUCAAAAGCCACAAUCGCGGCUACAUCUGUAUGAGCCGCCUGAAUAAAGCCAAAACCGUCACUGGGUUACUGCUGUGGAUUAUCUGCUGGUCAGAUGUUUUCUACUCUUUAUGGGAAAGAGGCCACGGGGUUGCGGUCGCUCCCGUUUACCUAGUCAGUCCCACACUGCUCGGCAUCACCAUGUUGCUGGCUACGUUUUUCAUCCAGUACGAGCGGAUGAAGGGAGUCCAGUCCUCCGGAGUGAUGCUGAACUUCUGGCUCAUCGCUUUAGUUUGUGCUACGUUCACAUUUCGCUCCAAAAUCCUGCAGGCGCUCGAUGAGCCUGCAUCAGUAAACAUCUUCAGAUACACCACAUUCUACAUUUACUACGCUCUGCUAUCAAUCUCCCUCAUCCUGUCCUGCAUGUCUGACCAGCUGCCGCUCUUCUCCCCGACCGUCAAAGAUCCGAAUCCAUGUCCAGAAGCAGGAGCAAGCUUCCUGUCUAGAAUCAGCUUCUGGUGGAUCACAGGGUUGUUGAUGCGUGGCUACAAAAAGCCCCUAGAAGAGAAAGAUUUAUGGUCCCUAAAUCCAGAUGACGAGUCUCAGAUGGUUGUGCCGCAGCUGGUGCGUCGCUGGAACCACGAAUGCACCAAGGUCAAAAGGCCAGAAGACAAGGCCAUAUACUCGCCUAAGCGCUCGACCAAGGCCGAGGAAAAAGACAGGCAGCCGAUCGAAGAGGCUGAGAUCUUAAUCUCGAGAGCUCCUCAGAAGACAAGAGAGCCAUCACUCUUCCUCUCUCUGUGCUGGACCUUUGGGCCGUACUUCCUCGUCAGCUCCGUCUACAAGAUAAUUCAUGACAUCCUGAUGUUCGCAGGGCCGGAAAUCCUCAGGCUGUUGAUCCAGUUUGUGAACGACUCCAGCGCCCCCUCCUGGCACGGCUACUUCUACACGGCUCUGCUGUUCGUGUGCACCUGCGUACAGACGCUCAUCCUGCAGAGAUACUUCCACGUGUGUUUCGUGACGGGAAUGAGGCUGCGUACGGCCAUCGUAGGCGCCGUGUACAGGAAGGCGCUGGUGAUUACGAACGCUGCUCGCCGCACAUCUACAGUGGGAGAAAUCGUGAACCUCAUGUCAGUAGAUGCACAGCGCUUCAUGGACUUGAUCACGUACAUCAAUAUGAUCUGGUCUGCACCUCUUCAAGUCAUCCUGGCGCUUUACUUCCUCUGGCAGAAUCUGGGUCCGUCUGUGCUGGCCGGAGUUGCUGUGAUGGUGCUGAUGGUUCCAGUAAAUGCAGUUAUAGCCAUGAAAACCAAAACCUACCAGGUUGCACAGAUGAAGAGCAAAGACAACAGGAUAAAGCUGAUGAACGAAGUGCUGAACGGCAUCAAGGUGCUGAAGCUGUACGCGUGGGAGCUGGCCUUCAGAGACAAAGUGUCUCAGAUCAGAGAGAGUGAACUGCACGUGCUGAAGAAGGCCGCUUACCUCGCCGCAGCUUCCACCUUCACCUGGGUCUGCGCUCCCUUCCUGGUGGCGCUGUCGACGUUUGCCGUGUACGUGCUUGUGGACGAGAACAACAUUCUGGACGCGCAGAAGGCCUUCGUCUCUCUUGCUCUCUUUAACAUCCUGCGUUUUCCUCUUAACAUGCUCCCCAUGGUCAUCAGCAGCAUGGUGCAGGCGAGUGUCUCAAUGAAACGUCUGCGUGUGUUUCUUUCCCAUGAGGAACUGGAAGAGGACAGCGUGGAUCGCAGAGCAGUUACUGGCUCACCUGAAAGUAUCAGGAUUGUGGACGGAACUUUCAGCUGGUCUAGAGACGACCCUCCUGCUUUAAAGAGGGUUAAUGUGUGUAUUCCUGAAGGGGCGCUCGUUGCUGUAGUAGGUCAGGUGGGUUCGGGAAAAUCCUCCCUACUCUCGGCUCUCCUGGGGGAAAUGCACAAACAGGAGGGCUUUGUGUCGGUCAAGGGUUCGGUGGCGUACGUGCCCCAGCAGGCGUGGAUCCAGAACGCCACGCUGAGGGAGAACAUCGUGUUCGGGCAGCAGAUGAAGGAAAGCAGCUAUCAGAGAGUGCUGGAGGCCUGCGCUCUCCUCCCAGACCUGGAGAUCCUGCCUGGAGGAGACGACACCGAGAUCGGAGAGAAGGGAGUGAAUUUGUCUGGAGGUCAGAAGCAGCGUGUCAGUUUGGCCCGAGCGGUGUAUUGUGACUGCUCUGUGUAUUUGCUGGACGAUCCGCUGUCCGCCGUCGACGCUCACGUUGGGAAACACAUAUUCGAGAAGGUCAUCGGCCCUCAGGGUCUGCUGCAGGGAUGCACGCGUGUGCUGGUGACCCACGGGCUCAGCUUCCUGCCUCAGGUCGACCUCAUCCUGGUGAUGGAGGAUGGACAGAUCACAGAGGCAGGCUCGUACACGGAGCUGCUCGGCCGACACGCCGCCUUCGCCGAAUUCCUGCGCUCUCACACCAACGCCGAGCGGGAAGAGGAGAGCGAGGUCGGAGAAGAGGGAAGGGUGCAGGAAGAACAGAAUGAGAAAUCUGAAGAUACAACUCCACGGAAAACGCUGGAAAACGGAGGUCCAGCGGCUCUGCUGAGACAGAGCCAGGUUUCUUUAACCGCAGCAGGAACCAUGAAGCAGAAAACGGAAAGCAAUGACGUCAAAGAGCAGAAAACAAAAUCUACAGACGUGGCCAAACUGACCGAGGCAGAUAAAGCCAAGACAGGCAGAGUGAAGCUCGCCGUGUUCUGGGAGUACAUGAAAGCCAUCGGAGUGUGUCUGUCCAUCUUCAGCAUCUUCCUCUUCCUCGCUCAUCACGUAGCGUCUCUGGGUUCCAAUUACUGGCUCAGCUUAUGGACGGAUGAUCCGGUCAUUAACGGCACUCAGCCCAACAGAGACAUGCGACUGGGAGUGUAUGGAGCUCUGGGACUCACACAAGGCAUUGCCGUGUUCUCUUACUCCAUCUCCGUGUCUGUGGGUGGGAUCCUGGCGUCUCGCUACCUCCACGAGACCAUGCUGUAUAACGUCCUGCGCUCGCCCAUGUCGUUUUUCGAGCGCACUCCAAGCGGGAACCUGGUCAACCGCUUCUCCAAGGAGACGGACACCAUCGACUCGGUGAUCCCCAGCAUCAUCAAGAUGUUCAUGGGCUCCAUGUUUAACGUGCUGGGAGCAUGCACCGUCAUCCUCAUCGCCACUCCACUCGUGGCCAUCAUCAUCCCUCCUCUGGGGCUCUUCUACUUCUUCGUGCAGCGCUUCUACGUGGCCUCGUCUCGGCAGCUGAAGCGUCUGGAGUCAGUGAGCCGCUCUCCGGUGUACACGCACUUCAACGAGACCCUGCUGGGUACGAGCGUGAUCCGUGCCUUCGGAGUGCAGAAUCGCUUCAUCGGAGAGAGCGACAGACGAGUGGAUCACAACCAGAAAGCCUACUACCCUAGCAUCGUGGCUAACAGGUGGUUAGCAGUGAGGCUGGAGUUUGUGGGGAACUGCAUUGUGACGUUUGCUGCGUUUUUUGCUGUGAUGGCCAGAGACAGUCUGAGUCCAGGCCUCAUGGGACUUUCCAUCUCCUACGCCCUGCAGGUCACUGCGUCCCUUAAUUGGUUGGUGAGAAUGUCGUCGGAGUUAGAGACCAACAUCGUAGCCGUAGAAAAAGUGAAAGAGUACGGAGAAACAGAGAAAGAGGCGGAAUGGAGACUGGAGAAAAGCUCGGUUCCUCCCGGAUGGCCCACAGGCGGCCACAUCGAGAUGCGGAAUUUUGGCCUGAGGUACCGACAGGACCUGGAACUGGCCAUCCAUGACAUCAACGUGACCAUCGAGGGAGGAGAGAAGGUGGGAAUUGUGGGUCGGACCGGAGCAGGGAAGUCGUCUCUAACCCUCGGAUUGUUCCGGAUCAUCGAGGCGGCUCAGGGUGAGAUCUGUAUUGAUGGCGUGAACAUCGCUGAGCUUGGCCUUCAUGAGCUGCGCUCCCGCAUCACCAUCAUCCCACAGGACCCGGUUCUGUUCUCCGGAUCUCUGCGCAUGAACCUGGACCCGUUCGAUGGUUACUCUGAUGAGGAGGUGUGGAAAGCUUUGGAACUCGCUCAUCUCAAGAGCUUCGUGUCGGGCCUUCAGGAGAAACUGAACCACGAGUGUUCUGAGGGAGGAGAGAACCUCAGUCUGGGUCAGAGGCAGCUGGUGUGUUUGGCUCGAGCUCUCCUCAGGAAGACAAAGAUUUUGGUUCUGGAUGAAGCCACAGCGGCCGUGGACAUGGAGACGGACAAACUGAUCCAGUCCACCAUCCGCACACAGUUCGAGGAGUGUACAGUGCUGACCAUCGCUCACCGCCUCAACACCAUCAUGGAUUACACUCGGGUGCUGGUUCUAGAUAAAGGCCAGAUGGUGGAGUUUGAUUCUCCAUCCAGUCUCAUUGCAAAGAGAGGGAUCUUCUACAAGAUGGCUAAAGACUCGGGUUUGGCCUGAUUUAAAGAAAAAAAAAAAAAAAAGAAAGAAAGAAAAAGACAGAAGCAGCAGUCUUUCUGGCAUGAUCACUCUGAAAUCCACUGUGCAGUCUAGAAUGCAGCUGUCACACUGGAUGUCCUUGUCUGUUCUAGAACACAGCAGUCACUCCAGAAUUUACCGUCCAUUCUAGAACACAGCUCUCACUCCGGAAUCCACCCUCCAUUCUAGAACACAGCUCUCACUCCGGAAUCCACCCUCCAUUCUAGAACACAGCUCUCACUCCGGAAUCCACCCUCCAUUCUAGAACACCGCUCUCACUCCGGAAUCCACCCUCCAUUCUAGAACACAGCUCUCACUCCGGAAUCCACCCUCCAUUCUAGAACACCGCUCUCACUCCGGAAUCCACCCUCCAUUCUAGAACACAGCUCUCAUGCCAGAAUUAACUGUCCAUUCUAGAACACAGCUGUGGGCGGAGCCUGUGGGGAGAUGAUCUUUAACUAGCACUUUCUUUUCCUGCUGCUGGACGAACUGUUACUGUAGAGAAAGACUCAAAUUUUUCACACCAAAAACAACAUUGAGUAAGAUGUUAUUUUUGAAGUACAAAAAGAGAACUUUAGUUUAGUUUAAUUUAUAAAUCGACAUUUCUGGACGUGUCAAUUUUCUUUCAGAACCUCGAGGCUGCCGGUGUGUCAGGGUCUUUAAAGCGAGAUGUGUUAAAGGCUUUUUGUACAGUCCAUUCAAGCUUUGGAACAAAACAAGGCCUUCUCUUAGUCCAACGACGUGUAGGUUUGAAUCCAUGAAUACCUCCCACUUGCGUGUGCGUGUGCGCGUGUGCUUGUGUGUGCGCAUGCGUGUGUGUGUGUGUGUGCGCGAGCGUGUGAAGCAGUCCAAAGAUUACAGAACAGAAAGUUAAUAUAAUUGACAGAGUCCUCUUAGGUCUCUGCAUUAUCUAAUAAAUAAACCUGCCAUUUUUAGGAGAAAACUGUAAAAAAGACAGGAAAGUGGUGAUGAUCCGUUUCAUUAAAACUGCGUUCACACUAGCAAGCUCAAAUUAAAAAAAUAAAUAAAUAGUAAUGAUGCAAUAAAACAACAAUCCAGGUUAUUUGUUCUUUUCCUUAGAGUGAAAUAAAACAAAAUAAAAUAAACAAGGUACCUAAAUAAAUAUAACGUGGUGUCAUGCGCGCAAAAAAAAAAGUUUGGAUGCUCUAAAAAUCUGGGUUCUCCUAUUUGUUAUUGGAAUUUACAAACCACGCCCACAAGAGACAACAUUAGCAGUUGUGCCACGCCCACAGGAGACAGACCUGGAGCAGUGUCACUGCUUCCUGCUUGCUAGUGUGAAUGCACACUAAUAACUGUAGCUGUAUUAAAAUUAAAUAUCGCAGGUUGCACAUAAUAGUAUCAUCCUAGAAGACAAUUUUUUACCACUGACAUUUCUAUGAUAUUUCAUUUCAAUAGAUGAUGCCACUAGUACGUAUGUCUACACUGGCUGCGUACUUCCUUUACAGGGUCGUAAUCUUUUGCUUAAACUUGCCAUCUUCGAUACGACACAUCAAAUCUUUUUUCUGGGUUUCUAACAAUACGACACAUCAUUUCUUUUUGCUGGGUUUCUAACAAAAAAAAAAAAGACGUACACUCAGGUCACAUGAGGUACCAGCCCAGUUGAUCGCAUCAUUACGGCGUCUUUGCGCACUAUAAGGAAAAAAGACGUUGAUUAUAUCAAAUAGAGAUCUGUACUGUGUGUCUAAACGCGAGCCAGUGCAGUCUCAGUGCUGGUCCCAAGCCCCGAAGUGCUGAGGGUUGCGUCAGGAAGGGCGUCCGGCGUAAAACUGCUGCCAGAAUCCAAAAUAUGUGGACGGGUGAUCCGCUGUAGCGACCCUGAAUGGGAGCAGCCAAAAGAGGGGAAAAUACUGUCUAAACACAGCAAGAGAAAAAAAUAACCUUCAUGAUGUUGAAUGUAAACUCGCUCUCUCAUAUCAUUACAUAAUCGGCCAGUCUUUUAUCACAGAUUACUAAGCUUCAUCUCGAUUCGUGUGCUUUUUAUUUUUCCCCCCAAAACAUUAUUGAACAUUAGAUCUCAUUGUGUUGCCUCCUGACAGACUUUAGUACGGGAGACUUCUCAAAUACUUUCUCAGGCACUUGACUUCUGAGUGGUACACGGUGCUGUGAUGACGAUUGAAAUGAUCCCUGAUGUGUCCUUUAAACAGAGCUGCUGAGGUGAAAUGGUGGUUAUGUAAGGAAUCAAACACACACUGUCAUGCUGUUAUAGGAAAAUAAUCAGUGACUGGGUGGAAUUUUCCUAUAACAGCACAUCCUGAAGUGUUUUAUUCCUCUUAUACUAUAGCAGUUUUACAGAAAGUACAAUCUAACAGAAUGACAUGUCAUGUUUUUAUCUGUUUCUAGUUACAUUUAAUGUAGAAUGUCUGUAAAACAAGUUCCUUUGUUAUGACUUAUCGGGUAUAGACAGCCGUUUCCUCACCAGCCUCUCUUUAAGUUUAUAAGACAAGAAAAAAAAAAAAACAGAUACCGCAAGGUGUAAAGUCACAGAUGUCAUAAAGUUACAGCGUUACCUCUGACUGUUACAAAGAGCUGACAGUGGAGACUCCUUCCAUAAACGUGG